AGGUAAUAGAGGAGAAUGAUAAUAAUCGCGGUGUUCGAAAACAAAAUUAUUGCUUUCAAACUAAAUAAAUAAUGUAAUAUAUUAAUAAGAUAUGCAAAACAUGAAAAAGGCGUAGUUGACUUUUAAAUGUUAAUUGUUCAUUGUUAACUGUUAAUAUUUCUAAUUUCUAAAUUAUAAUUAUAUUUUUACCCUAUUAGUAUUAUAAAUAACGUUUUAAUUAAUUAUCUUUUUUAUUCAUAAAACCCAAUUUAUUUUCAUUCUCAUAAUUUAAAAUAUUUAACAUUAUGGAGAUAGAUGAUAAUUUUCCUGCAGCUAUCCGAAUUGUUACUGAAAUACAAAAUAUAGUUAGUAAAGACCCUAAACUGUAAGUAAAAGAAAAAAAAACAGUAAAUAUUAUGGCUUAUAUUAUUGUAGUUUUAUUAUAACAGAUAUGCAAUUACAUUAUUUAUUAUAGAAAAGAAUUUGACCUAGUCAUCCAACCUGAAAGUCAGAAUAAGUCUCCAGUGAUAUACAUUGACCACUGUUUAGGCCUUGAGUCAUGGUGUGUACGUCAUGUUUACAGAUAUGUGUACCAAAGACUGAUUACUAUAAGAAAACGAUUAAAAAGACCAGGUGGUACUAUUAUAAAUUUAUGUUGAAUAGAUAAGUAUUUAUUACCUAAAGUUUAAUUUUUAAUUAUAUUCUUUUUAUAAAUAAUAUUUUGUUUAGUGUCUAACGAAACAAUAACUUUACUCACAUCUGCCCUUUUAUUAAAUCCCGAAGUUACAACUUUUUGGAAUAUGAGACGUGAGUUAGUAAUUGAUGAAUAUUUAAAACCUAAUGAAGAAUUACGUUUUUGUGCCGUUGUUUUAAAAUUUAAACCAAAAUCUGCUGAAAUUUUCAACUAUAGAAGAUGGAUAUUAUUUCAUGUUUUAAAAGGUAAUUCAUUUCAAGUAUAAAGUAUGGAUAUAUUUAUUUUAGUUAUUAGAAAAUAGUUUAUUAAUUUAACAUAAUAAUUGUAAUCAUUUAAGUACUUAGUACUAUUUAUUAAAAUACCUAUAGAAUUAUAUUUUUAAUUAUUAGCUUAUAAGUACUUAAUUAUUAUUAAUAAUAAUAAUCUUUUAUUUCAAAAAAAUUAAAUACAAUUUACUUAAAAUAAAAAUUACAGUUAUUAAUUGACUACAAAAAAUGUAUACAUAAGUAAUCAUUAAUUGUCAAAAUAUUUGUAUUCAAAGAACUAUAAAUGAUAAAAAACCAAAAUGAUUUAGAGUAUUAGUGGUAUACUUCAAAAUAUAUCUAGUUUUAGAAAUAUUCAAUAUGUAUGUAUAUAAAAUAAAGGUUAUGGUUUAUUUCUAGCUUUUGGAAGAUUAAUUUUAAAAUUUUAAAUUUUAAAAUUAUAACGUUCAAUUAAUUCUGGACAAUUAACAAUAUUAUUAAAUAAUUUAUGUAAACAAAUGUACUGUUAUUUAUUAUGUGAUAUAAAUUUAAAUUUAUUUUUCCGUAAUAAAACAAUAUUAUUAUAAUAAUUUGUAUCUUUUAUCCAAAGGCAUAAUUAAAAAAAAAAAAAAACGUAAGCAAAAUCAAAAUAAUUCUUUAUACAUUACAUAGGAAUAUAAGUCAUAAAAAAUUAUUUUAAAUUUUCAAGAGACAUAUUGAUUGAUUUAAUGAGUUUUUUUUUUCAUAGAAGACUUGAAGACUUGUAUAGUCUAGUUUGAAGGGUAGUAAAGAAAAAUAUAUAUAUUUUUUUUUAAAUUUAAUAUUUUAAUACUUUACAAUUUAUCGACAUAAUCUUAUGUAAUAAAAUGUUUUUAAUUAUAAAAUAAUAACCAAAAUUAAAGAAAUAAUACUUCUAUGUUUUGGUAUUCAUUUUUGUUAGUAAUAAACAAUCACUUUGAAUGAUUUAAAGUAGUUAAUUUAAUCAUCAUUGUAUUAAAUAUGGUCUAUAAAUGUUAUAAAAUGAUAUUAAUGAACCUAUACACAAAAAAAAAUUUUGUUUUAUAAUAAUUACACAAAGUGCACAAUAGGUGUAGGUAUUGUCCAUUUCAUGAAAUGAAUGACCAUGUAUUGUAUUUUCGUCAAAAUUCACGAUCUGGACGAAUUUCACUAUGUGGAUAUCCAGUUCAUGAAAAUAGCGAUUUCACUAAGUGGAUGCAACAUAUAUAUAGAAAUACCUAUGUAUAAACAAAUUGGUACUUAUAUCUACAUGUAUUGUAAAAUUAUCAAAUUUUUGUUUACAGAUUUUAGCUCGAAUGAUGUUGUGCAGAAUGAAUUAACAGUAGGAUUAACAGCAGCUAAUGAUUACCCUAGUAAUUACAAUGCGUGGAAUCAUUGUUUUUGUGUUAUUCAAAGAUCUCUUGAUCAUGGAAAUUUUGCCUUGAUCGCUCAACAGUGGGAAAUCACCAAAGUUUGGUGUUGUGAACAUGUAUCUGACCAUAGUUGUAUGCAAUACAGACAGCGAUUACUUAAAUAUUUAGUUACUGACAAAAGGUGUAUACAACAUCUUAAAAGUUGUGCAUCAAAGUUACUUUUGCGUUUUUUUAAUUCCGAUGAGAGACAUAAAUUGAUGAGGCCAUCAGAAGAUUAUAUUGGUGAAACUAUUGGAGUUAUAUUAGAUGAAUUAUAUUUUAAUGAAGAUCUGAUUGCGAUGUAUCAAAAUCACGAAUCUCUAUGGAAUCAUCGAAGGUUCUUAUGUUACUUAUUAGUAAAUAUUUAUAGUACAGAUUGUAUCAAAGAAGUGUUAAUGAAUAAUGAAAAGAGGGUUUGUACCAAUUUUUUAAAAGGUAAUGAAAUGUUCGUUAAAAAAUAUGUUUUGUGGCUUCAAACCAAAUUGUGCAUUUCUAUACAAUUACUUUAACUAUAUUGAAUUAAUUUUUUUAAGUUUUACCACAAUUCUGUUUAUCAAACAACAGUUAAUGCAUUUAUUACCUAGUUAUUUACCAUCUAUCAUUUAUUAACUAAUAAUUAAUUCAACCACAUAAGAAGUUAAGAAUAUGAAAAUUAAAAUUGCCUUUAGUUAAAGUAUUUAUUUCUAUUCAUAUGAUUCAAGAAAAUUUGACAAAAACAUUGUCUGUUAUAAUUUCUUAAUCAUAUUUUUAAACUAUAGUCACUUUCAUUUUUGUGCUAAUAAUUAAAUUUUGAUGUUUCAUAUUAACAAGUAAGUAAUUAUUUUUAUUGCUUGUUUAUCUCACACAUCAAUAAGUGCAAAUUAAUAUUACUACAAAUCAAAAAAAAAAACACCAU